AUGGUGAAGCGCCUCCCGGAACUCAAGGACCUCGUCAAAGCCAUCGGCCGGCCGCUGCGCGUCGCGACGAUGUGCUCCGGCACGGAGAGCCCGCUCCUCGCGCUCGACAAGAUCGGCGCGGCGACGGGGCAAAUCUACGACGCGCCCCUCGGCGUCGAUCACGUGUUUUCGUGCGAGAUUGAGCCGUUCAAGCAGGCGUACAUCGAGCGGAACUUCGCGCCGCCGAUCUUGUUCCGCGACAUUCGCGAGCUGGACGGCGAUCAGGCGACGACGGCGUACGGCGCGCUCGUGGAUGUGCCCGGCAACGUGGACAUGCUCGUGGCUGGGACGUCGUGCGUCGAUUACUCCAAUCUGAACAACGAGAAGAAGGACAUCGACGAGGCGGGGGAGAGCGGUCAGACGUUCCGCGGGAUGAUGACGUGGAUUAAGAAGCACGAGCCCCCGAUCGUGAUCUUGGAGAACGUGUGCGGCGCGCCGUGGGACAAGAUCGCGGAGCGGUUCCGCCAGCAAGGGUACCAGGCGGAUUACACCCGGCUGGACACCAAGCGGUACUACAUUCCGCACACGCGCACGCGCGUGUACCUCGUCGCCUGGAUCGCGCGCGUGAAAUCCCUCGAGCGCGGCGCGAGCGCGACGCUCGAGGCGUUCCUCUUCGACAGCGACGACCCGAGGGUGCACAAGGGCAGACAGAUGCUCGCGCUCCCCGGCGAGGCCACGAGCCAACGCGGCGUCACCGACUGGGGCCGGUGCGAGAGCCGCCACAGGCGCGCGCGCAAGGACGAAGGCCUAGGCAACCGCCGACCGUUCACGGACUGGGAAGGCGGAUGCACGCUGCCGGACUACGCGUGGAACGACUGGGGCAAGGCGCAGACGGAUCGCGUGCUCGACCUCAUGGACAUCGACUACCUACGCCUCGCGCAAUCCGGCACGGAUUCGAUGCACAAGACGCUGGUGUGGAACCUCUCCCAGAACGUGGACAGGACCACGGGCAGCGGCGCCGCGGGCAUCUGCCCGUGUCUGACGCCGUCUAUGGUGCCGUUCGUCACGAACCGCGGCGGGCCUCUCGUGGGGAUCGAAGCGCUCUCGCUGCAGGGCAUCCCCGUGGAUGACCUUCUCCUCACGCGAGAGAGCGAAGGACAGAUGAGCGACCUCGCGGGCAACGCGAUGACGACCACGGUGGUCGGCGCGUGCAUGCUCUCCGCGCUCCUCCUCAUGAAGGACGAGCUCGUGGAGCACACGAAGAAGGUCAACGCGAAGCUCAAGGCGGAGGCGAAGACGAAGGAGAGCGAAGCGCGGAAGGCUGGCGGCGGGAGCAAGACGCUCGCCAAAUCCGCCGCCGCGUUGAGCGUCGGCGGCGCCGCGGGGUCCGUCGCCGCCGCGUCCACGGUGGAGGGCGCGGAUGACCUCAAGGAGGAAGACCUCGUGCUGUGCUGCGCGACAGACCGCAAAGAGCACACGUCCGACAUUCUCGACCGAGCGCACCGCAGCGCGCGUCUGUGCGUCUGCGAGGCGCAGACGGGGUCGCGCGACGCCAUCUACCGAUGCGAAGACUGCGGGCACACGGCGUGCGCGGAUUGCAAAGGGCGGCCGGAACACAACUACAAGCGGCACGACAUCGAGCGCAUCGCCCCGGACGUCUUCUCCGCGCACCUCAAGCAGACGCUUCCGAUGCGCGUUAAGCUGAGCGGCCUGAAUGUCGCCGCGGAGAAGAAGAUGGUGGACGACGCCAAGGCGACGUGGGUCGCGUUCGCGGAGGCGCUCGAGACGAUCGCGGGCGCCGACUUUAUGUUUCGCGAGGUGAAGCGCGCCGACGUCUGGACCGCUCGGUACGUCUGCCCGUCCACCGACGAGGUCGUCCUCGAGCUCCGCCUCGGUCGCACCGUCGCGCAGUCAGACUGGCGCGUCGUCAUCACGAACGAAGAGACGGGCGAGAAGGAGCUCAAGGAGUUCGCGCCGCACCCGGUGUACCAGUGGCCGUUGGCGCGCAUGCGGCUGGCGCCGGGCGCGAGCCACCUCCUCGACGGCGUCUGGGACGUCCUCGCGCCGAUCGAGCACGCGUUCGACGUCGCGAUCGAAGGCAAGGGCGAGAAGAAGAAGAACUGGCAGACGGAGCUCGGGAUGAUUGGGAACGACGACCCGGAGAGGCUGGACAUCUCCCUGCCCGACGGCGUCGACAGUAACCGCGCGCCCUGGUCGGACCUCCGCUGGUCCGAGUACGUCGUCACCACGCUCAAGACGGACGGGAUGACGGCGAAGGAGUUUGAGCAGCAGAAGGAGUCGUUCCCCGUGGACGGGACGUACGCUCUGCACGACAAAUGCGGCACCGCGAUGGCGUCGCUGCACAAGCGCGUGGACCCCAAGCCGACGCUGAACAAGUCGGCGGAGGCGUACUUUUUCCUCGACCCCGUGCGAAACUCAGACGGCAAGGAGGACUUUUUCGUCUUUGCCGAUAAUCACCGCAGGCUGCAGUACGGCGAGCACAGGAUGCACGCCGCGCGCGUGCACCACUCCUUCCGCCCGUCCGACGCCAAGGGGAAAGAGACGUUCGCGUGCCGCACGGACGGCCGCUGGAUGAAGUCGGACGAAGUGAAUCUCAUUCAGCUCGACGAAAAGCGCGCCGCGAAGCAGGGGGUGCCGAAAAACGCAAAAGCGCUCUCCAGCCGCGCGGGCGGCUGCCAAGCCGCGGUCGCCAUCAUGAAAGCCAAGGUGCCGCUCGCGGAGGUGGACGCGUCCGCGUGGCCGGAGGAUGAGUUCGAGACGCUUCAGAACGACCGCUCGUCGGAGGUUUUCCAGAGGCUGGCGUGGUUCACGUCUCGGCUCGCGCUCCCGAGCGAGGUGCGAUCGUUCACGACGCUCGACGAGAAGAGAUUAAACUCAAACGCGUGCGGCGGCGCAAAAUGCCCGGAGGCGUGCCCGCGCUGCGCGCCAUCCCCGCCGGUCCUCCAGUGGACGUGCAAGGCUGGCGAGAGCAAGAUCACGGCGAGGGAAGACCCGCGGCAGGCGGCGGCGUACGAGCAAGCGCUGAAGCGUCGCCCGGCGCCCUUCGUCGUCCAGUGGAGGAAAACCGCCGCCGCCGCCGGGAAGAAGCUCGGCGAACUCGUCAUCGCGGUCAACCCCGCGACGCUCGCGCACCGCGCGCUCGCGAACGUGUACAGCGGCGUCGCGAAAGAGCGCAGCGCGGCGCCGCAGGCGGAGGACAAGCCGACCGUGGAGUGGCAAGUCGUCAAGCACGAAGAGCGCGAAGCCGCCGUCGCGCUCGCGGAUUUCACCCUCAAGUCCAACCGAAGCGACGCCAAGGCGCCGCAGCCCAAGGGAUGGAACACGAAGUUCCCGCUCCGACCGGAGCAGCUCCGCUCGCUCGGGUGGAUGAUCCGCCAGGAGCAAACCACGGAGCCGUUCGUCGAGGAGGAGGUUGCGGAGAGCGUCCACCCCGCGCUCGGGUUGCGAAUGGAUGGCCGAGCGCGCGUCGAGCGGCUGGUGCGCGGAGGCAUCAUCGCGGACCAGGUUGGGUACGGCAAGACGGCCAUCACGAUCGGCGCGAUCCUCGCGAGCGAGAUUAAGUUCCCGCUCCCGAACGCGAUGGCGAAGCCCGUGAAUGCGAUCCCGACCAAGGCGACGCUCGUGCUGGCGCCGUCGCAGCUGCUGAAGCAGUGGCCGCGCGAGGUUGAAAAGUUUUCCGCCGAGGGCCGGCUCGUCACGCUCGUCAUCCGCACGGUGGCGGACAUCUCGCACUACACGGUGCAGGACUUCCAACGCGCGGACGUCGUCAUCUGCGCCACGAGCGUGCUGCGCUCGCCGCUGUACUUCGAGCGGCUCGCGCGGCUCGCCGGCGUCGCGUCGCUGCCGCAGUGCAAAGCCGCGGGCGCCGGCCGGCACUUCGCCGCGUCGUACCGCGACUGCCUCGACAAGCUCGAGACGCAGUGCGAACGUCUCACUUCAGGCCCGAACGGCGUCGUGGAGUGCGCCGCGAACUCGCCCGCGCCCGCGGCGGCGGCGGCGACGUCCCCGCGCGCGCGGCUGGCGCGCGCGUCCGCGUCCAAGCCGAUCAAGUACGCGGACGACGGCGACGACUUCGGGUCCGACUUCGAGAGCGACUCCGACUCCUCGGAGUACGACGAGGUGGACGAGGAGGAGGAGGAGCGCAAGGCGAAGGCGAAGGCUGCGGCGAAGCGCCGAGCCGCCGCGUGCGCCAAGGGGAAAAAAUCCAAAUCCCCCGCGUCGGCGUCGGCGUCCCCCGACGAAGCCGACGAGAGCGCCGACAAGGACCACUGGGGGUUCGAGACAACGUCCGUCGAGCGCGAUUGGACCAAAACGUCGUCGUGCCCGCUCGAGCUCUUCCACUGGCGCCGCGUCGUCGUGGACGAGUUCACGUACCUCCAGCAGUCGGACCGCUGCGUCGUGCUCGGACUCAAGGCGGAGGCGAGAUGGUGCCUCUCCGGAACGCCCCCAGUCGGCGCCUUCUCUGAAAUUAAGGACACCGCGGCGCUUCUCGGCACCAACCUCGGCUCGGACGAGAUGCCGCGGUACACGAAAGCGGAGAUCACGAAGGCGGAGUCGUUCCAGUUUUUCAAGGAGAAGCCGACGCAGCACUGGCACGCGACGCGUCACGCCGUCGCGCAAGGGUUCCUCGACCGUUUCGUGCGGCAGAACAUCGCGGAGAUCGACGAGAUCAAGUCCGUGACGGAUCUGAACCUCCUGAACCUCCGCCCCGUGGAGAAGGCGAUCUACCUCGAGCUCGAGCACUACCUCAAGUCCACGGACAUGAUGGUGAAGACGAAGAAGAAGAAGUCCUCCGACGGCGACCGCGACAAGCGCAUGGCCAAGGUGCUGGAGGGCUCCGCCAGCGGCGCCGAGGCGCUCGUCAAGUGCGUCACCAAAUUCAAGCUCGACAACGACGCCGGCGCGGGCACCGGGGCGUGCAACGCCAUCGUCAGAGUGCGCGAGGAGGAGAAGGAGGACUGCGAGAGGAACAUCGUCCGCGCCGUGCUCGACGCGAAGGUUAUGUUUUGGGAGGCGAAGGAGAUGGCUCGCGAGCUCGGCGUGGACGUCAUCGACACGCCGUCCUCGCGCGCGCCCUCGAAGACCGCGGCGAAAUCGUACGAGGACAUGACCAAGAAUCAACAGAAGGCGUAUCGUAAACCCGUCGACGACAAGAUGUGGCAGCUGCGCGAUCACACCCACGACGUGAACGCGCUCGUGAAUGAGCUCUCCGGCAGGACGCGCGCGCUUCGAUUCUUCAAAGCCGUGCGCGAGCUCCAAGGCUUGCGCGACGACGACGCCAUCGUCUGCCAGGCGUGCGAGGCCAACGAGUGCGGCCACGUCGGCUGCCUCGCGUGCCUCCGCGCCGACGCCAACCUGCAAGAGUGCGGCGUCCCCGGGUGCGCGCGCGCGUGCGGCGGCGACAACAUCAUCACGGCGGCGAGCCUCGGCACCGAGAGAGAGGGCUGCGUGGACGGCGACGCCGCGUUGGCGUCCCCGACCAAGAAGAAGCGCGGCGGCGGAAACGGCGGAAACGGCGGGGAUCGAACCGCCGGCGGCGGCUCCAUCGUCAUGUCCGAACUCGUCCAAAGCCUCCGCGGCUUCAACCCGGACGAACGCGUCCUAAUCUUCAUCCAGUACCCGGACCUCAUGAAGCAAGUCUCCGACGUCCUCGACGACGCGAACAUCAAGUACCUCAAGCUCAAGGGCUCCGUCCACCAGCAGUGCGCCGCGUUGGAUGAGUUCCAAAAGGAGAAGCUUCGCCCCGGCGACGCGCGCGUCCUCAUGCUGCUCUCUCGCGACGAGUCCGCCUCCGGCGCUAAUCUCACGACGGCGAACCACGCCAUCUUCGUGCACCCGCUGGAGACGAACACGCAGUACGAGUACGACGCGUCCGAGACGCAGGCGAUCGGGCGGAUCCGUCGGUACGGCCAGACGAAGCUCGUGCACGUGCAUCGACUCAUCGCGAAGGACACGAUCGAGGAGAAGAUUUACAACGAGCGCGGCGGCGAGAUGUUCAAAGGGACGCACGUCAAGUGA